AUGGAAGUCCAGGAUGCGACACCUCGACCAACGUGCUUCACCUGCACGCUCGCGCAGGCGAUACAAUUGGGAGAGCAGGAUGGCUGUCAGCAGCCGGCCUUUACGACUGUGCUGGAUCUCCUCGAGAAGCAGUCCAACGCAUCACCAGAGGCACCAGCCCUAGGUUUUGCGGACUUCACCUCAGGCAAUUCAGCAGACUCAUGCAUCAUCACUUUCCGACGACUUCACGCGCUGUCGUACUACGCGGCUGAAAUUUUAGAACUCCGGGCGAACGAGACCUCGAAGUCUAGUAGCAUAGGAUUACUCUGUGUCAGCGGAAUCGAGUACACGCUGACAUGGCUCGCCCUGGUGCGUCUGGGCUAUUCCGUGCUCUUCAUUGCCCCUCAGCUGGAGCCCAAAGCCAUAGAGAGCCUCUGUGAGACGCUGCAGGUCAGGACGAUAUUUGUCCACGGUAAAUUUCGCGAUCGCGUGUCCUCGCUGUUGGGACAUCUCGAGAUUCAGGAUGUUCCCGAAUACGACUCUGACGUCGACUUGGCGCCGCUCGACUUGGAGAGGAGCGAUGAGAGAGUAUCAGAGGUCGCUUACUACUGUCAUACAUCAGGUACAUCGUCGGGUCAGCCCAAGCCCAUCCCACAGUACCACAAGGGCAUGAUCGCUGCGCUGCAUCCAAUACACAGCGAGCACAGACAUGCCACUUUUUCGACGACUCCGCUGUAUCACGGCGGAUUCCCAGAUUGCUUCCGCGCAUGGAGCAGCUGCAGUAUGGUAUGGUUCUUCCCUGAAGGUGCGGCACCCAUCACUGGCCGCAACGUCCACAAGGCAGUCCGGUUCGCCCAGGAAGCGGCUGGCGGGCCCCUGAUCAAGUACUUCUCCUCCGUGCCCUACAUCUUGCAGCUACUCGCCGAAGAAGAACAGGGCCUGGCGCUCCUACGGGAGAUGGACAUUGUCGGCGUCGGCGGUGCAGCGCUCGCGACAAAGGCUGGAGACGACCUCGUUGCUGCUGGUGUCAACCUUGUGUCGCGCAUGGGAAGCGCCGAAUGCGGAUUUCUCAUGUCCUCGCACCGCGACUUCGACAAAGACAAGGAGUGGCAGUAUCUUCGAGCAGUGCAGGAUACUCGACUUCUUCAAUUUGAACCACACGGUGACGGGUUGUCCGAGCUGGUCGUAAAGCCCUCGUGGCCGUGCCUGGUCAAAACGAACCGGGAUGACCGAUCCUAUGCGACCAGCGACUUGUUCGAACCGCACCCCACGAUAGCGAAUGCAUGGCGCUACCACAGCCGUGCAGAUGCGCAGAUUACGCUCGCCAACGGAAAGAAGUUUGACCCGUCACCGGUCGAGGCCAGCAUUGUGGCAUCCAGCCGGCUUCUCGUGGACGCCCUAGUCUUUGGAGGUGGUCGAGAGUACGCGGGAGCCCUCCUCUUUGUCAAAGACGAUGAGUCUGCGACUGAUGAGGACGUGAUGAACGAGUUGUGGCCAGUCAUCCGGGACUUGAAUAAUGCGAGCCAGAGCCAUACCCGGAUCUCCAAGGCCAUGCUUCAUGUGGUACGUGCCGGUGAUCGACCCCUCGAGAAGAGCAGCAAAGGGACUAUUAUCCGAUCACAUGCCGAGAAGACUUAUGCCCAGAGCAUAGAGGCGCUCUACUCUGGUUCAAGCACAAAUGUUCGUGUUGGCGACGGCGACAUUUCCACUACCGUCAGGAAUUGUUUCUUUGAGGUCACAGGAAGAGAGCUCGAUCCCGUGAUUGACCUGUAUCAGCAAGGAGUUGACUCGCUCGCAUGUGUGCAAGUACGCAAACUGCUCGAAUGCCGGGUUCUCGGACGGGCGAGGAGCUUGCCAUUGAACAUUAUUUAUGACCAAGGCACAAUCGUGGAUGUCGAAAGGUUCUUGAAGGAUGCUCCCUCCGAUGGCCAAGUCAACAGUCUUAGUGGCAAUGACCAAGAUACUGGCGUUCAUGAGAAGAUGCGGGAUCUCGUCACCAGGUACAGCAGUCGCUUUGGGGAAUUCGAUGCCGAGAAGCAUCGAACACGCCAUUUGAGGCCGAGGACCGUCCUACUGACAGGAGCAACCGGCUUCCUCGGCAGCCAUAUCUUGAAUCUACUGAGCAGAGACUCCGACGUCCAGCGCGUUUACUGUCUUCUGCGGGCCGACACGGAUGCAACGGCCCAUCUACGUGUGUCGCAGUCACUGAACGAUCGAGGGCUCGCUCCCAUCUCGGAGACGAUUUGCAUCUCAUCAAAUCUGGAGAAUGAGGACCUGGGGCUGUCCCUCGAAGCAACAGAGCUCCUGCGCGAGGACCCUCCCACGCAUAUCAUCCACGCGGCCUGGGCUGUCAACUUUGCUCUCCGCCUUGACUCUUUCGAGUCGCAGAUCGCAAGCACCGUCAAUCUGCUCAACUUUGCAGCAGAUUCUGGAGCCCAUUUCACCUUUGUCAGUUCGACUGCUGCGGUCACCGAGUCAAGCGCCAGCCCAAUACCAGAGACUCUGUCGCACGAUCCAGCGGACGCAUCACCGCUCGGCUACUCGCAGUCGAAGUGGGUGGCUGAGCAUCUUUGCUCAAAUGCCAAGGGUAUCUGGAACAUGUCCGAGGCAUACCCGCUGAUGCUCUCGACGGCGCGGAUCACUGGAUGCCUGCCCAAACUGGAGAACGAAGUCCUCAGCUGGCUGCCCGUUGAAGUCGCUGCGCAGGCCGUCAUGGAGGCUUCGAUGACACUCGGUGGCCAAGCCACCGAUGACGUGCUUCACAUCCUCAACCCAAACAAGACACCAACAUGGACCCAACUGCUCGGCUGGAUCCAGGAAGAUUACACCUCCCAGAGCUUAAUUCUUGAUUUGGUAGCGCCCGAGCAGUGGCUCUCUCGUCUGGAAAAGGCGUUGCGGCAGCAUCCAGAUCACCCAUCCCAUGCCCUCCUUGGGCUAUGGAAGAGGGGUAUAUCCGGGAAAUCUCGACCAGAGGAUAAGGUGCCAUUGCAUUUCAGCAUGGAUGCGACGAAGACUACCCUUCCUGUCAUGGCUAACGUCAUACCACUGGGUAGAGAAAGACUCGUGCGCACGUGGCGAUGGGUGCAACAACAGAAGCCGUGA